UAUGUCUUUAUGCAAGCGUUUCACGUUGUUGGCCAUCUCGGGCGCCAUUAGGAUACAAUUCGAAACUUCUUCGUAACAUUCACAGUUAACUUUCUACAAGAUGGGUGACAGCGACGAUGAAUAUGAUAGGAGAAGAGUCCGAGAUAAGUUUAGAGGUGAAAGAAGUGAAUACGAGCAACGACGGCCUCGGGGGGAAUACAGAGAUCGCCGUGAUUGGGGAGAUAGAAGAGGACGAGACAGCUGGAGUGGCGGGAGAGACCAAGGCUGGGAUCGGAAAAGAGGUGGACAAUAUUAUGGAAGACCAAGAAGGGAUAGUGAAGGUGGUGAUGGACAAAUUAGUCCACCAUUGAAGCGAAAUCGAAGGGACUGGGAUUCUUCAUAUGAGAAGAAUUUCAGCUCUGGAGUGAUGCCUUCCCCAGGAUUGUGGAGUGGUGGAAGAGGCCCCCUUAUGCAGCACCAGAGUGGCGAUUCUGGCAAGCAAGGAAUUUCUGAGUCUGGUGGUGAUUUCAAAAGCUCUCAACCUCCAAAAAUGAUGACAUUCAAGAGCUUUUUAAUUGCCCAGGAAGAAAAUAUCGAUGAAAUGGAGGCUGUCAGAAGGUUUCAAGAAUACAAGACUGAAUUUAAAAGAACGCAGCUCAGUGAUUUCUUUGUGACACACAAAGAUGAAGAAUGGUUUAAAAAUAAAUACCACCCGAUUGACUCUAAGAAUCAAGCGAAAGAGAAGCGUAAUGCUGUCAAAAAGAGGCUGCAGAUAUUUCUUGAUAUGCUCGAAUCUGGGCAAAUGGGUGAUAUCACACUUGACGGUGGCCACUCGGACGCGAUUAUGAAACUGCUCGACUCAGUCGCAAUACGACUUGAAGAAGGAGCAUCAGAUGACCUUGAGGACAAAAAGUCAAACUCUGAUGAUGGCAAAGACUCUUCUGCUGAAGAGCCGAAAGAAUCGAAGGAGGCUGAAUCUAAGCAGGAGCAAAUCGAAAACGAAGAAGAUGAGCCAUUGUCUCCUUCGAAAGUUCCACUGCCUUCAAAACCCCCGCCAGAAUCGCAAGAUAAGGGUAAUGACCACUCAUCUGAAUCCGAAUCCGAGGCUGAACCACGUCCUCCAGGAGAAGACCCUGUGGACUUCAAUAAAGUUGAAGAGGAAAAUGAAAAUGGAACGGUUGAAACAGUGAAGUCGUCUCGGGAUGAACCUGAAGAUGAGGGAGAAGCAGACCCAGGUCCACCAGGAGUGGACCAAUAUGAGUCCAAGGCCGAAAGCGAAGGAAGGAAUAUUUCUGAUGAUAGUGGAAACGAGAGCGAACGCAAGCGAGACAAAGAAAACAGCAACAACCUUGACGCGAACCAUGAAGUGGUGGAAAAUGAUGAGGAGAAAAAGGAAAUUAGCGCUGCACCGUCAGAAGGUGAAUCUGGCAAAGAGAAGAAGGAUGUGCAUGAAAAGGAAGCGAAGUCUGGGAAGCGAGACUGGGACAAAAAGAAACGGAAGGGGCUUGGUGCUUUUGUGUCGGAAUUGGGUGGCGAAGGAAAUGACGACUCAGAUUCUGAUUCAGAGUCUGAAUCAGACGAGGAUGAAGAAGACGUAGAGGAGAAGGCGGAGGAACAGCUGGAGGUUGCUAAGCAGCAAAGUGAGAGUGUAGGGGACAAAAGGAACGAGUCAACGGAAAUUGACGAAAGCAAGGAUACAGAGCAAGAAGCACGGGAGUCCCACAAAACCCUGUCCCUAUAUAUGAGGAGUGUCCCACCGAAUAUUUCAAAGGCUGACAUCGCUGCGGUGAGUAAGAAUAUAUUUUUUUGCAAACGCCUGGUAACACCCAAUAGUAUUUCACUUGUACACUGUACAUUCCUUAUAUCCACAAAUGGCCUUUGCACUAGAACAAUUCUGCAUUUAAUACCCAGAUUUGAUUUCAUGUUUGGUGAUAAUUGCUUGUAUUUAGUUGAAACAGUGAAGUCGUCUCGGGAUGAACCUGAAGAUGAGGGAGAAGCAGACCCAGGUCCACCAGGAGUGGACCAAUAUGAGUCCAAGGCCGAAAGCGAAGGAAGGAAUAUUUCUGAUGAUAGUGGAAACGAGAGCGAACGCAAGCGAGACAAAGAAAACAGCAACAACCUUGACGCGAACCAUGAAGUGGUGGAAAAUGAUGAGGAGAAAAAGGAAAUUAGCGCUGCACCGUCAGAAGGUGAAUCUGGCAAAGAGAAGAAGGAUGUGCAUGAAAAGGAAGCGAAGUCUGGGAAGCGAGACUGGGACAAAAAGAAACGGAAGGGGCUUGGUGCUUUUGUGUCGGAAUUGGGUGGCGAAGGAAAUGACGACUCAGAUUCUGAUUCAGAGUCUGAAUCAGACGAGGAUGAAGAAGACGUAGAGGAGAAGGCGGAGGAACAGCUGGAGGUUGCUAAGCAGCAAAGUGAGAGUGUAGGGGACAAAAGGAACGAGUCAACGGAAAUUGACGAAAGCAAGGAUACAGAGCAAGAAGCACGGGAGUCCCACAAAACCCUGUCCCUAUAUAUGAGGAGUGUCCCACCGAAUAUUUCAAAGGCUGACAUCGCUGCGGUAUGCAAACGCUAUCCAGGAUACCUUCGAGUCGCUCUUUCUGAUCCAAGUCCCGAGAGAGGCUUCUGUCGCCGUGGAUGGGUAACUUUCGAAAACAGUAUAAAUAUUAAAGACAUUUGCUGGAACCUCAGUAAUAUUAGGAUCAAAGACUGUGAACUCAUACCUGUUGUGAAUCGAGACUUGCUGAAACGAAUUCGCCCGAUAUCAGGCAUCACUCUUUGCAAUAAAGUCGUUCGCUUUGAUAUAUAUUUCUCAACAAAAUUGAUUAAAGCAUUAGAUGAAAAGAUUGCAUUAUAUUCGAAAGAUGCAGAUGACGAAGAAAAGGACCAGAGCUCAAUGGAUAUUGAAGAGCAAGAAAAGGAGGAAAAUGGCGAAGGUAAAGAGCACAGUGCGGAGCCAGGGGAAGUUGACGCGCGAAAGUCCAAAACCGUAGAUCGACCAUUACCAGUCGAAAAUCCGCUGCUAACAGAGCUUCCAGAGGUAGUUAAAGAGCUUGAAGCUGUUGAUCAUGUGUCUGCUGAUGCAAAGGACGGUGGAGAUCUAAAGCAAGAAGAUCUUGACUUUGCCUGCGAUGAGCAACUGAUAAAGACACUUGACAAGCUGCUGAUGUAUUUGCGAGUUGUCCAUUCGGUUGAUUAUUAUAACGGGACAGAUUACCCAUACGAAGAUGAAAUGCCAAAUCGAUGUGGCAUUCUUCACGUUCGAGGAGAUUUGCCUGAAAAAGCAACUAAUUCGGAAGUGGCAGAAUGGAAAGCGAGCGUGGAACAAAAAUUAGGCCAUUUUUUGGAAAGUGUAGAAGAACGUCUAAACGAUGAGGAAAUUCAGAAGCUUGGAAAGAAAAACUCGAAAGAAUAUCCUUUCAUUUAUGAAGUUGAGAAUUUCAUCAGUGCAAAUACGCAAGAGCUAGCGAAAGAGAAAUGGCUGUGUCCAUUAAGUGGGAAAAAGUUCAGGGCAAAAGACUUUGUUGUGAAACAUAUACACAACAAACAUGGCGAUAAGCUUGAGGCGGUCCGACUGGAGGUGGAAUUUUUCAAUAACUACCUAGCUGAUCCAAAAAGACCACACAUCCCAGAGUCAAGUCCAAGUAGACAAGGUGGAGGCGCACAGUCCGGUCAAAGUAGUUACCAGCAAUCGACUGGGCACCAGUUGGGAUGGAAUCCUCGAGGACCUGUCAUGAUGUAUGGGGGCCCACGUGUUCCCUUAACACCGCCUAAUUAUGGAGGAAACUUUGCUGGUGGCCCUGACGUCUACGGAAGGGGAGGAACAUACCCCUCUAAAGUUAGCAGGAACGCGAUGAUGCCAAGAGACUCGAGAAAACCCGUUCAUUACAAAGAUCUAGAUGCACCAGAUGAUAUGGACUUUUUUUAAAACAAAAGGAAUCGUGAAGAUUCUUUACAGUAUGUUAAUUUUUGGCAUUCUCAUCUCCAGCUAAAAAAUAGUUUAUUAUCGAAGCCUGCAUGCCUGUUCAAUAGAAUCCAACAAUCUGAUAGAGAAACAGCCCUUUGGCUUGCCAGUCAGAGACAAUGACUUUGGCAGUACAUUGAUGUACCACUGAUUUUCUUCCUUGGUCAUUUGAAUAUCGAAAUCGUAAGAUUCAUUUGUCUAUUCGAUUAAAGUUUCAGUCUUUUUGUAUACAAUGUGAGCGUUUAUCUUUGCCCGUUAAGUUGCUUACCUUGUGUUUAUUACAUAAUGAAUUCUCUGAAA